GACAUUUCUUCUGUCAUCAAAAAAAUUAGAAGAGCUGUGCUCAUCAUCAUAUCAUCAUAUCACACUUUUUAAUAUUCUUCAGUUGAUCUUGAAGCAAUCAAAAAUAUCUGGAGCCGGCUCCUUCAUCAGAACUUUAAUAUAGUGUUGUCAUAAUAGACACAGACCAUCUACCGCUCACCACCUCUUUACUCAUAGCUCUGCGUAAGUCAAGCACCUGACAUUGUCAAUACAAUCGUAUUACCAUAGCACUAGCUAACAUUUUUAUGUAUACAGUCCGGUAGCAGAAAUGUCAUUUGAUUAUUCUUCGUUCUCAUUUGAGCCAACCACCCCACCACAAUUUACAUUUGAGGAGCCUUUAAUUAGUGCUCCUUUUAGACUGGGACAUUCUCGCGCCGGUUCACAAGUGUCAAUCUAUUCUCGCGAUUCAUCUCCAUCCGAUUCUAUCAGCAUUUCAAGUACCCAGAUGACUACUCCGGCUAGAUCACCAAUUAGACAGCAUGGCCCACUUCUCCUACCUAAGAUCCGUCCACAGGAUCAGGAAAUCAAUGCUUCACCCUCAGCUGGGAUGAGAGUAACCAAAACAUCAAAAAAGAAUGCCGCUAGUCGUGCAUUCAAACCAACUCAUAAUAGGAGCUACACGAAUCCCGAGACAAUCGUGUUUAGCUCUGAUAUAUUUCCCUCGAAUACUCGUCCAAUGUCUACUCUUUGCUCGCCAAUGCACGCUGUUCAAUCAGUUGAAAGUCAGCAACACAGACGUUCCUCAAGCUCCAGUCUUGACGGCCAAACACUUGGCAAAUACGGAUUCCCAACUUAUCGUCAAAUGCCAAACUACAUCCAACAGUCUCCAAACAUGUCAGUCAUGGAAUCAUACUCACCACAACCACAUGAGCGAUACCCAACUCCUGCACGUGAGCCAUCUCCCCUUGCUCAAAUGAGCAGCAUAGACGACAUUGCCCCGAUUCACUUCUCCUCCACCUCCAAUCUCGCCACCUACUUGACCUCUCCCAAUCCCGCUCCAGCACUAGUCCGUCAACUCAACAUCCAUGUCCGCGACACAAACGCCAAGCAUUUCUGGUGGGACAUUCGACAAAUCCGACCCUGGACCUCCUUCAAUACCACCACCAUCUCCUCCAUUCCCGGAUUUCACGAUCUACUUAACCUUGGUCUCCCAUCUGAUAUUUUCCAACAGCCAUCCCGCGCUUGCAACAAUCCUGAGAAUGAACACGAAUUGCAAAAUAUCUACACCCAAUUUUACGCUAAAAAACUCAAUAACGCACUUUCCAUUUCCCAAGGGACCCGUCAUCUCAUGAUGCGUGCAUCAACAGCCAUGGGACAGAAAUCCGGCGAUCCAUCUUUCAUCUCCAACUACACCGACGACAACUCCCAACUAAUUUACGGGCGAGGUCUCGGUCGCGUCGUCGGAUUAGUCAAAUCUUUCGAUCGCUGGAAUACCGGCAUGCGCGUCGAGGGCAACCAUCGCAAAGUGGAAUAUCUCCGCGGUCUUGCGCAUCUACACAAAUGUAUGCGCGAACACGGAUGUCGUUAUGGAUUCAUCAUGACGGAAAUCGAACUUGUCGUGGUACGCAACGGAUCCGAAUCUGUUCCGCAUUUUGGAUAUCUCGAGGUUCAAACUAUUCAGCUUGCUGCUCAUUCCGAUGUGGAGAAUUCCGUCGAGGAUGAUAAAUUGGAGAACAUGACGGCGUUGAUGGCGCUUUGGUAUUUGCAUAUGUUGGCGAGAGAUGAGAUGUUGCCUGGACAGGUGACCUGGAAGACGGAGAUUGGUGCACCGGCUGAGGGGACUAGGAGGAAGAUUUUGCCAAAGGAUGAUUGGAUUCCGGAACCACAGUUGGCGGAGAAGAGAGAGGCUAAGAGGGGUCGUGGGUGGGUUUGGCCUGAAGAGGGUGUGGGGAGGAAGGAAUUGGGAAAGAGAGGUGUGAGAUAUUGAGGGAAAAUAAAGGGAAUAAAAUAAAAUAGAAAACCGCAGGUCGGUUUAUGAAUACAUUGUGGAGUUGGGAAUUGAACGGGAUUGGAACUGCAAUUAGUAAAGGAUGCAUAUUGGAGUAGUUUAAUGGAUGGGUAUAUGGGUGGCA